UCUGCUUCCGGGUUUCGGGUUCAAGUCGUAGACGCAGAGGAUUCUGGGAUUCAGGAGUUGCAAUGGUGUUUGUAUGAUCUUUGGAGGCUGCUGUUUCAUCUUUGAGCCCAAGUGAGCGGCAGGAGGAUUGCAGUGUAUCAUCCUCCUUAUACGGCGUAAAAAAUGACAACAGCAGCCAGGCCAACUUUUGAACCUGCAAGAGGUGGAAGAGGAAAAGGAGAAGGUGAUUUGAGCCAACUCUCAAAACAAUAUUCAAGUAGGGACCUUCCAUCUCAUACAAAGAUAAAAUACAGACAGACUACUCAGGAUGCCCCUGAGGAGGUUCGUAAUCGGGACUUCAGGAGAGAACUGGAAGAGAGAGAGAGAGCUGCUGCAAGAGAAAAAAAUCGGGAUCGUCCAACCCGAGAACACACAACCUCCUCUUCAGUGUCAAAGAAACCUCGGUUAGACCAGAUUCCUGCUGCCAACCUUGAUGCAGAUGACCCUCUAACAGAUGAGGAAGAUGAAGAUUUUGAAGAGGAGAGUGAUGAUGAUGAUACUGCAGCUCUUCUUGCAGAACUGGAAAAAAUUAAAAAAGAAAGAGCUGAAGAGCAGGCCAGGAAGGAACAAGAACAAAAAGCUGAAGAAGAAAGGAUUCGUAUGGAAAACAUUCUUAGUGGAAACCCUCUGCUUAAUCUCACUGGGCCAUCUCAGCCUCAGGCCAACUUCAAAGUUAAAAGAAGGUGGGAUGAUGAUGUUGUCUUUAAGAACUGUGCAAAAGGUGUAGAUGAUCAGAAGAAAGACAAAAGAUUUGUAAAUGAUACACUGAGAUCUGAAUUUCACAAAAAGUUUAUGGAGAAAUAUAUUAAGUAGUACAGUUUUAUGUGCUUAAAUGCUGUAAAAUGUUGAGGAUUGAUUUUGUUGUUUAUUCUUUCCCACCAUCUAAAUAGUGUAUAGGCUUCCCUAAUUUUAAGCUAUAAAAUACCUUGACCUUUGAUGAUGCAUUGUGAUAAUGGCAUGGGAAUGGGUUUAACAGUUUCCAUUCCCUGAAUGUUUCCAGUCACGUUUUGUUUUUAAUAUUGGCAAAGGAAAUGUGCUUGCAAUAAAUAUUUGUAAUCUAAACAA